AUGUCGUCACGGUUGGACAGCCACCCAGCAUAUCAAGAAUUUCUUGACUGGGUUCGCGACAAUAGUCAGCCCGGCCUCAUCGAUCCAGCCAGCGAUGUCAAGCCCUUCAUGCUCGAUGCGAACGUUUUGAAGACUUAUUUCAAAGCCAACAACCAUUACAGGCUCAACAAGCUUCUUCGAAUUGCAUUUCCGGUGGGAGAUAUUCCGAUCGGUCCUGAAAAGGUUGCAGAUAAUUGCGCACAAGUGUUCUGCACAUUGGUACUGAUUGGCAGGCCUGAAUACAUUCAGCGAUUUGUGGAAUACGACCACCUUCAGGACUCCCAUCUGCCUUUUGACGAUCAAUACCCUCCACGACACUUCCCAAAAUGUACGACAGAUCAAGAUCAGAGCGAGUUCCUCCGGCGGUUCUGCCAAGAACAGUGGGUUGUCUGCGCACCGAAGAUUGACUUUCGCGAGCACAGAAUCUUUGAAGAUGGCCAGAUUCUUCCCUUCAAGUUUAUAAAGAGACUUGGUGGAGGUGUGAGUGCACAUCUCUACGAGAUCGAGAUAUGUCCGACUUACAAUCAGCUUAACUCUUCGAACGGUGCUCAACAAUCGUCGAAUCAUCGAAUUACGAAUACCUAUGUGCUCAAAACUUACUUCGGCGAAGACGCUGAACGAAACUACCUAGCCGAAGUCGGGGCCUUUAGACUGCUUCGAACGAAAACUCAAAGUAUGAUAGGUUUCUAUGGAGGCUUCAGGCAUGGAGAUCGUUAUAACAUAAUCCUUGAGUUUGCCGAUAAAGGCACUCUCGAAGAUUAUUUCAAGAAGAUAACACCCCCUACAACUGGAGAAGAAAUAAUCACGUUCUGGGAACACUUGUUCAACUUGAUAGAGGCCUUGCUGUUUGUGCAUGGCGGCGAAAUUGUUCUCAAUUCUGACGGGUCUUCCCGACCUUUAAAUGGAUGGCAUCAAGAUGUGAAACCGUCCAAUAUCUUAGUCACAUCCUUGGGUGAUAACACUAAAUCGCCGUACGAGUGGCAUUUCAAACUUGCCGAUCUGGGUGUUAGUCACUUCAAGAUAUCAGACCUAUCGACUGAGGAUGCUACAGACCGAGACUCACAAGGAACUCGCACCUAUGGCGCGCCAGAGUGUUGCAGAUCAGACGAAACACUUGGAAAGAGCAAGCUCCAGGUCACACAAACAGUCGAUGUAUGGUCGCUUGGAGCCGUCUUCAGCGUGGCAGCGGUGUGGCUGGUGGAAGGCAAUCAAAGCCUAAAAGAGUACUGUCGGGAUCGACAGGCGGCAGCCAAUAGGUUUCCCGAAGUCAGAGGCACUGACUGUUUUCACGAUGGCCAGAAAGUGCUGGAUACAGUAGCCAUCUGGCAUGAACGCUUGAAGAAACGUUUGCGGAGAGACGACGUCAUCACGGAGCCGGUGUUGCAAUUGAUCGAGUGCAUGCUUUAUGAUGAGAAAUCUCGAGCGAAAGCGACGUUCUUCUGGAGGUGGUCUCGACGGAUACUUGAGAAAGCAAAGGGAAAUUUGAAAGAGGGGAAUGUGGGAUCGGAUUUAAACACUCCCACGAAGCCACGCCCGCCCACGUCGCCAAGUAUAUCUGAUUCUACCUCCUCGACACCGUCACGCCCUGACCUAUUGGCGGAAAACGUUGGUCAGUUUGGAGACUUCCCAAGGGUCUUGUCCCCGCCUGCACUCCAUGAGACCGACAACUUCGAUCAAGGGGAGAUGGGAGGCCAACUUGGUAGAUUUGAAUCCCAGCGCAAAACCUCGGCACAAGUAACGACCCGCUAUCCUCAAUCAAGCCGCCAGACCCACCGCCCCUCUGUGAAGUUUCAAGAUGCCAAUAACUUAAACUUCAAUCCAAAUAUGGGCCCUCGUGCACGAAGCCACGACGUUGGGUCAGCAGAGCCCAUGCACCAGGUCACCCGAAGCAUGAGCGGGCUUCCUACUCAUAUGGAAAAUGAGUUUGAUCAGAGCUCUCCAGGUCAGGUCACUGCUGCGAGAAACGUGGUCAGCAUGCCGCCUGGCACAAGUGGACAAUUCGUCGAGUCUUUGUACAGGACGCAGCGUGGCGAAACAUCAGAUUCCUUCGGCACCCUUCGACACGCACCAGAGAGUUUUUCUCAUAACCCGUAUCCGCACUCAGACUUCAGCCAGGGACGAGCCCCUUCAGGUAAUUACUUGCAGGGGGCUUUUGAAGAUGGCUCCUCUGGAAAUGCAGGUCCUAGCCGACCACCAGUCUGGACCCAGGAGAACUUCUCACAACAGCAGCAUCCGAACGUCGCACCGAUUAACUACGAGGCUUUUAAUGGGGAUGAUCACCCAAACAUGCCGAUGAGUUAUUGGAAUCAAAAUAAAGCUCCACCAGGAUGGGUGGCCGCAGCUCAACACCCAAUGCAACAACACGUGGAAAGCUUUCCUGAAAACGGCGCAGCAAGCAUGAUGGAUGUUUCUCGUCAAGCCAUGACAUCUACUUCGCCAACGCAGCCAAGCAGAUAUCCCCUGCCUGAAACAACCUCUCCAAUGCCGGAAUCACCUCCAGCAAUUCAGCAAAAGCCAAAGAACAAACCGCCUGCCGUGUUAUCAGUUGCCACUGCAAUCUCCGUGUUAGCCAAAGGAAAAGCCGAAUCUCUCACUGGCUAUAAAAAUCUUUUCCCUCGAUUGAAGCAGCGAGAUCACUUAUUCAUAAUUGAUGACGCUUUGUCUAUGUCACCUCUUUGGAAUGAUGUCGAGGCCGUGUUCGGGGUUAUGGCCAAAAUCGUCAAAGCGGCCGAUCCAAAUGGUAUCGAUUUGCAUUUCACGAUGACCGAGGAAGUCUACAAUAGCAAGAAUCUCUUUGGGAUAAAUUCAUCCUCCAAACUUGUUGGUUAUGUACAACAGAGGCGGUCUAAAAUUGAAGGGACCGUCAACAUUACUUACAGACUAGAUGCUAUCUUGGGGCCUUAUACGUCGCAGUUGAGUAACGCCUUCUCACGAGGAAUGGGUUAUGUGCGGCCACUGAAUAUUUACGUCCUCACCGAUGGCGUCUGGGAACCUGGAUGCGACGCUUCGUCCGCAAUCAAGAAUCUUGUUGACAAGUUGAUAGCGUUCGGAUACACCAAAGAUUCCAAGCAAGUAGGCAUCCAAUUCAUUAGUUUCGGGAAAAACGAGGUUGGUCUCAAACGACUCAAGGAUCUAGACGAUAAUCUUGGACAGGCAAUGGACAUCGUCGAUACUACCGCUUCCAACGGGAACGUUUGGAAAAUGCUUCUUGGAGCGAUCGACAAAACAUUUGACGAAUCAUGA